AUGGACCUCCUCCGCGCCCUCUUCGGCAGUCGCUGUAGUCUGUCUGAGCCGCUGACACUCUCGCCCGGCGACGAUCCCCCUCCGCCGCUCCCUCCGCUGCUCACUCUCCCGGCCGACGCGCUCGUGCACCUGUGCACCAGCCUUUCCGUCGAGGACCUCUCCCGUCUCUCGCUCGUCAUUGGUGGCCUUCCGGACGAGGUGUGGCGUCACUCGCUCAGAAGCUGGAUCGCUCGCGUCGACAGGUUCGGCUGUGACAGCGGCGACGACCUCGAAGCGUGGCUUGAGGAGGCCGCUGCGGCCCUCGUCGUCUCGGGCGGUGCGGGCGACCGGCCGCUCCGCGCACUCGUCAACCGCCUCCGACCGCUGCUUUGCGCCGUGUGCGACGAGGGCGAGGCGAGCCAGGUCUUUUUUGCCGCGUCGCGCCAAGGCGCCUGCGAGCGGUGCGCGAGCGAGCGGCCUCUCGAGCUCGAGCGCUGGCGGCGAGCUCAGUGCGUGCGCGAGGCGCGGGCGCUCGCUCUCCAGGACGAGGCGUCGCGCGCCGAGCUCGAGGCGGCGCUGCGCGACGUGCUGCCGCUCCCCGCCGGCGGAUCGCGGCUGCUCUUCUCCUCGGACCGGCACGGCGGGUCGGCGACGGCGCUGCUGCGCGCGGCGAGAGACGAGCCGUGCAGCGUCGUGCUCGUGACCGAGCGGCCUCGCGCCUCCUCCGCCGCCGCCGCGGAGCGGAGAGCAUUUGGCGCCUUCGUCGCGACCGCCUGGCCGCGCGCCGCUGGCGAGGGGCGGCGCUGGUUUGGCGAUGCACGCUGCUGCCUCUUUGGCAUUGCGCCUCGCGUCGUCGGGCAGAGGGCGCUCUCCCGGGUGGUCAAGGGGGGGGGGGGGCUCUCUCACGGGUGGGGGGGCUCCUUGGUCAACGACCGGAAGACCGCCGACGGGCACGGCUUCAUGGAGGGGGACCUGAUGGAGGCCUUCCUCGACUGGCCGCCGCGCAAGAAGGAGGAGGUCGUCGCUGGGCUCGACAUGACCGCCGAACAGCUCUCGCGUGUCAUUGAGCAGCUGGCGCGCCUCCACUGA